AUGGAUUGCUGUGUGCCCUUCUCCAUCCUGGACGCACCCAAGCGAAGUGAAUACUCACUCAGCACUAUUGCUAAGUAUCAGAGUGGUAAAUACACUUGUAAAGGAGUACGGAAUGUUCACCCUUAUUCUUCAGAGAUGAGUGAUGCUGUACCAGUGAUAGUGUGGGAGAGACCCAGAGCUGUUCUAACACUGGAGUCUGAUGACAGUGAGAUCUUCACUGGAGAGACUGUCACUCUCAGAUGUGACAUACAUGGGGGAGGAGUCAGUCAGUGGAAUUAUGAGUUUCAUAAGAAUGAUGCUCUAAUAACACGUCACUAUAUUCAGCGAAGUGAAUACUCACUCAGCACUAUUGCUAAGUAUCAGAGUGGUAAAUACACUUGUAAAGGAGUACGGAAUGUUCACCCUUAUUCUUCAGAGAUGAGUGAUGCUGUAUCAGUGAUAGUGUGGGAGAGUCCAAAGGCUGUUGUGAUCCUGCAGCCUGAUAAACAGACAUUCAGAGGAGAGACUGUCACUCUCAGAUGUCAAAUACAGGGAGAGAGAGACACUGACUGGGAAUACAGCUGGUAUAAGAAGAGUUCUUCACUCAGUCCUGUCAGUAAAGAUCAGGAAUACAGAAUCAGUCCUGUUUCUGGGUCCCACAGUGGUGAAUACACCUGUAGAGGAAAACACAGAAGAGACUCACAGAACUCAGAGAUGAGUGAUGCUGUAACACUGACUGUGUCAUCAGGUCUGUCUCCUCCAGCCUCUCUGAACAUCAGUCACAACACAACUCAACACUUUACAUCUGAUUCUCUCUCACUGAGCUGUGAGGUACAGAGUGACUCUACUGGAUGGACAGUGAGACGAUACACAGAUAAUGGAGAGGUGUCAGACUGUUCAUCAGACUGGGGAUCAGUAACAGGAUCUACAUGUAGCAUCAGAUAUCUCUACUUAUCAAACAGUGGAGUGUACUGGUGUCAGUCUGUCUCUGGAGGGAACAGUAAUCCUCUCAACAUUACAGUGACUGAUGGUGAUGUGAUCCUGGAGAGUCCUGUCCAUCCUGUUACUGAGGGAGAUACUUUGACUCUGCGCUGUACAUAUAGACAUAAGCCCUCACAUUUCAGAGCUGAUUUCUAUAAAGAUGGAUUUGUCCUCCAGAAUCAGACUACAGGAGAGAUGACCAUCCCUACUGUCUCAAAGUCAGAUGAGGGUCUGUAUUGGUGUAAACACCCAGUGAGAGGAGAGUCACCAAAGAGCUGGAUCACUGUCAGAGUCUCUCCUGAGAGUCCUGUGUACACUGGAGAGGCAGUGACUCUGAAUUGUGAGAUAGAGUCUGGGAGGGGAUGGACUUUUAAGUGGUAUAAAGGCAACGCUCAGAUUGCAGUGUCUUGGUUUGAGAAAAUCACAUUUGCCAUCUCCACUCCAGAGGAUGAAGAUCAAGUGUGGUACGUAUUUUAUUCUACAGAGAGACCAAAGCCUGUUGUGAUCCUGCAGCCUGAUAAACAGACAUUCAGAGGAGAGACUGUCACUCUCAGAUGUGAAAUACAGGGAGAGAGAGACACUGACUGGGAAUACAACUGGUUUAAGAAGAGUUCUUCACUCAGUCCUGUCAGUAAAGAUCAGGAAUACAGAAUCAGUCCUGUUAAUGAGUCCCACAGUGGUGAAUACACCUGUAGAGGAAAACGCAGAAGAGACUCACAGAACUCAGAGAUGAGUGAUGCUGUAACACUGAUUGUAUCAUCAACUCUGUCUCCUCCAGUCUCUCUGAUCAUCAGUCCCCAGAGAACACAACACUUUACAUCCGAUUCUCUAUCACUGAGCUGUGAGGUACAGAGUAACUCUACUGGAUGGACAGUGAGACGAUACACAGAUAAUGGAGAGGUGUCAGACUGUUCAUCAGACUGGGGAUCAGUAACAGGAUCUACAUGUAGCAUCAGCUCCCUCCAGUCAUCAGACAGUGGAGUGUACUGGUGUCAGUCUGACUCUGGAUGGAACAGUAAUCCUCUCAACAUAUCAGUGACCAAUGGUGAUGUGAUCCUGGAGAGUCCUGUCCAUCCUGUUACUGAGGGAGAUACUUUGACUCUGAACUGUAGAUAUCGAAAUGACUCCUUAGGCCUCAGAGCUGAUUUCUAUAAAGAUGGAUUAGUCCUCCAGAAUCAGACUACAGGAGAGAUGACCAUCCCUACUGUCUCAAAGUCAGAUGAGGGUCUCUACUGGUGUAAAUACCCAGAGAGAGGAGAGUCACCCAAGAGCUGGAUCACUGUCACAGUCGCUACAGACUCAAAUGUCUCCCUGUCUCUCCCCAGACUGCUCUGUUCUCUACUGGUACUUUCUCCAUAUCUGCUGGUGACCAUUGUGAUUGGGGUCAAAUGCUGG